CCUUUCUCCCAUGAACCAUGGUCAUGUCCUUAUCAUGUGCCAUGUCAUGUAAACCAGGGGAAUAUAGGACCCUUAGGUUAUGACUGAGCUGCUUCCUAACAAGGAGGACCUGUUUCAUAAGCUGCCUGAGUAACUUUCCUCUGGUCAUGCAGGUGUUGAUCCGCCCGUACCGUCCCUCAGACAAGGACGCAGUGCUCACCCUGUUCAGCAACGGCAUCCUAGAGCACAUUCGUCCAUGUUUUUACAACGCCAUGACUGGCCCUCUCUACAUCGCCAUCACCCUGGCUCUCUGUGUCCCUGGCUACCUGCUCGACUCUAUGUUAGGGGCUGUGGUGUUACCAGGAGCAUGGGUGGGCCUCGUAUACUACUGCUGCCAUGAGCUAUAUGCCGGCUACGUCAGGGAGAAACUCCAGACGGACAUGCAGGACAUCCCAGGGAACUAUAUGAGCAGACCAGAUGACUGUUUCUGGGUGGCGGAGGCUGAGGUUGAUGGGAGGGCCCAGAUCAUGGGUACGGUGGCUGUGGUGGCCAAACAAAGUGGGAAAGAAAGACAUGGGGAACUGUUCAGAAUGAUCAUCUCAUCAUUGUACAGACGGUUGGGCCUGGGCUCGAAGUUGACUCAGACUGUGGUGGACUUCUGUAAAGAACGAAGCUUCUCCAAGGUGGUGCUGGAGACCAGCUCCACUCAGACAGCUGGUGUGGCCCUGUACGAGAAACUGGGGUUCAGACACUUCCGCUCACACACUAAAACCCAUUCUGCUCGUUGGAAGGUAAAGCUGACCGGGGUGACGAUUUUAUUGAUGGAAAAACACCUGUAGACCUAAAAUACCUCUGUAGCAUUAAUAACUGGACCGUCUGUGAGCUUUAUCUCAUAAACGCAGUCAGUGUUUUAGCUGUGAAGAAAAAGAAAACACUAAGUCUCAGGUAGAGCAAAGAUAAGGAGCUUUUUCCUUUUCCUGUAAGACCAACUUUUAUUAAUGUUUUAAACACGAUGAAUGAACCGUUGAUUGCACAGUUGAAACUAGUAUGAAAACUAGUUUCCACUAUUUUUGUACACAAAUGAUCAAUCAUGUGAUUGUUUUUCACACAAAACCAUGUAAGAAAUAAAACCACUC